CAGACAGAAAAACGCUAGGCGCUGGCGGCUUCCAUUGCUUCUGGGCUGUGUGUGCGGGCGGCCGGGCUGAGAGUGCGUGCGUGAGCGGCAGGCCGCGGUGGCUGCUCCCCGCGUGGGCUUUGGGCGAUAAGUCGUGUGUGGGAGUGUGAAGCCUGCACUGCUUAGGUGUGGGGACUGCGACCCUCCUGGCCCUUCUGCGUUUUAUUCGUUGUAUGUAAAUUACCCCGUUUCUUUUCUCAACAAGGUCGGUCCUUGUGUCGCAGUGUGUGGCCUUGGACAAAGUGUUGGGCUGGCUUCGUUAUGCCGAGCGGGUGUGAUCCCCACCCUAUGCGGUUGUGUGUCUGUGAGCGAUUGCGUGUGACUGAUGUCGCUGUGUCAUGUUGGUCAGUGUGCCGGUCUGCCUGCCCCGGCUUGUGGGACAGAGCUGUUUUAUGUUCAUCUGCUUCCCUCCUCUUGGGCUGGACCAUGUGUGGUCCUGUCCACCGAGAGUCCUGUGCCUGUGUGCCUGUGUCCUUUAGAGACCGCGCAGGACCUCACCGCUAGCUAAGUAACUGCUGGCCUCUGAACAAGAGCCGGGCAAACACAGAUCCGGGUUCCUACCUCGACCCUCUCCAGCCGAGAAGUGGAGGUCCUAACCAGAAGGCCUGUCUUUCUAAAUAUGCCCCAGGAUGACGGAGCGGCCGCCGAGCGAGGCGGCACGCAGUGACCCGCAGCUAGAGGGACAGGACGCGGCCGAGGCCCGCAUGGCCCCCCCGCACCUAGUCCUGCUCAACGGCGUCGCCAAGGAGACGAGCCGCGCAGCCCCUGCGGAGCCCCCGGUCAUCGAGCUAAGCGCGCGCAGCAGCGCGGGGGGCGGCCCCGCCGGUGGGGGCGGUGCCGUAAGGGACUUAAAGAGCCGCGACGCGGUGGCAGCAGAAGCUCGUCACCGAGUGCCCACCACCGAGCUGUGCAGACCUCCCGGACCCGCUCCGGCGCCUGCCCCCGCCACGGCCCCCACAGAGCUGCCUGGAGACGGCCGCAUGGUGCAGCUGAGCCCGCCUGCGCUGGCAGCCCCUGCCGGCCCUGGCCGAGCGCUGCUCUACAGCCUCAGCCAGCCACUGGCCUCUCUCGGCAGUGGGUUCUUUGGGGAGCCAGAUGCCUUCCCUAUGUUUACCAACAACAACCGGGUGAAGAGGAGGCCCUCCCCAUAUGAGAUGGAGAUUACUGAUGGUCCUCACACCAAGGUGGUGCGGCGCAUCUUCACCAACAGCCGGGAGCGAUGGCGGCAGCAGAAUGUGAACGGGGCCUUUGCUGAGCUCCGCAAGCUGAUCCCCACCCACCCACCAGACAAGAAGCUAAGCAAGAAUGAGAUCCUUCGCCUCGCCAUGAAGUACAUAAAUUUCCUGGCCAAGUUGCUUAAUGACCAGGAGGAGGAAGGCACUCAGCGUGCCAAGCCUGGCAAGGACCCUGUGGUGGGAGCCGGUGGGGGUGGGGCAGGGGGUGGCAUGCCCCCUGAAGACCUUCUACAGGACGUGCUGUCCCCCAACUCCAGCUGUGGUAGCUCUCUGGAUGGAGCAGCCAGCCCGGACAGUUACACAGAGGAGCCAACGCCCAAGCACACUGCCCGCAGCCUCCACCCUGCCCUGCUGCCUGCCACUGAUGGGGCUGGCCCCCGGUGAUGCGUCUGGGGCUGCCCAGGGCCAGCAGGUAGGGGCCCUUAGGCCCCUGGGUUGCUGGGCUUCGGGGCAGGUGGGAUGUGAAGCAGGGCAGUGGGCUUGGUGAACUUCCCUUGUACUCUGAACUUUGGGAAGUCCCAACUGACCCUGGGCUGGUGUUUCUGUUUCCUGCUUGGAAACAGAAGAGAAAAACAGAGUGUAUUAGUAGGUACUUUAUCCGAAGAUGGCACAGUCUUCUCCCUUUCCCAACUUCCAAGACUUCUCAGUUAGUGGCUCAAGUGUCACUGCUUUUGAUCUAGAGUUUGUGAGCCUUGUUUUGGACAAGAUCUGGGAUUGUCACCCAUUACCUGAGGCAUCCAGCAGCCUCUGCCUUGCCUUUAGUCCAUCCCGAGCUGGCUGGGGUGGCUUUUGUGGCAGCUUCUGUUCAAAUAUAUAGGUACCCAAGAGCUGCCCAUUUCUCGAGUCCCAUCUUCACCCAGGUCCGAGUUGAUCCAUCUAGCUUGCCAGCUGCUCCAGAGAGUCAAGCCUCGAGGUGCCUUCUUCAGGGCUUGGUUGGAAAAGAUGGCCAGUGAACAGACAGUCUGCUCUCAACGAGCUGGGCCAGAAAACCCAACAGCCCUUCUUGCUCCGGGGAAUCGGAGCUCUGCUUUCUCCCCACUGAGACUUGCCUCCCUAUCCUGCAGCUGUAAGGACCAAGUCAGCAGCCUGGAGCAUGCUCUGUUGGGCUGUGUGCAGGCUCAGGGAGAGAAAGUGACAUUAGAGUGAAACAAAGCAAGAGUGUUUGGGGCAUUGGCUUUCACCUCCUGCACAGCACUGUCUGUGCAGGGGAGCAGACAAUAGCGUGCUGAUGCAUUGCAUGUCAGGGCUGGGGUUAUGCAGCCCAUAGGCUUUCCCGGGGAAGCUUCCUGUUGCAAGAUGUCUGUUGGUUGAUGGUCUGGACUUCCAAAUGGAGUACAGACUGUUCCGUAAAUACUCUAUUUGGGACUCUGCCUAACCAGUUGUUGGUGGAAACUCGGGGUCAUGAUACAACCCAAGAGGCAACCUGCUGCUAGGGCGAGGAGUUCAGUCAGAGGUGAGGCCCUGGCUUGGGACCUAAGCAUGCAGAUUUGCUCAGCCCAACUUUAAGUAUGCUCCUGUCACACAACUGCAGGCCCCGUGUGUGUGCAUGGUAGGUUGGUUUAAUGCAACGUGAGUGCCCCCUCUAACAGCUGUACAUGAAAUUUUUGUAAAGCAAAUCCUUCUCCUUCACCCAUGCAAAUCAUUUUGUAAAGUGGAGAAUCCUUUUGUAGUAUGAACAACUGCCCCAUUGUCUCUUUCCUGUGUUAAUCCUUGUGGUGGGACCUAGUUUUCUUUAAGAAAGUUCUGCUUAUAAUGAAGUUUAAGCCCAUGGAACAAACUGCACAGAAGUCCUGUGUAUCUGUCAUUGUACCAGAGUCACCUGGAGCGCUCUCUCUGUCUCUGUCUCUCACUGUCUCUGUCUCUCUGUCUCUGUCUCUGUCUGUCUCUCUCUCUGUCUCUCUCUGUGUGUGUGUGUCUGUCUGUCUGUCUCUCCCUCUCUCCCAGUCUUCCUAGAAUUUGCCUUUGAGUCAGAGAGAAAAUAUCCAAAGGCCCCAUCAUGUAAUGUAAGGGCCUAUCACUUUUCUGUUUGAGUUUCAGUACCACGAUGGGGCCCGAGUAUAUAUAGACUUAGGCACCCCUCCCCUUCCUAUUAAGCACUGAGGUCCCCCAGCCAUAGGGACACUAUGGUAAGUUACUAAGGCACUGGGAUUCUUUGUCUCAUAAUGCACUGUGCUGUCACAUGUAUUGCCAUGAACAUUAAAGCUGCUUUCUUUCCAUUGCUUGGGAGUUAGCACAAGGAGUCUGACCUACAUGAAAAUGGAACAACUGUCCUGAGCUCAAAGGCUGUGCUUUAAUCUCAGCGGGGUGAUUGCUUGGGAAUGAAAAAUGUUGAUCUGUAGGUGAAUUUUCUGAGAGAGACCCCACAUUUGUUGGGAGCUUAUUGUAUGGUUUGUAGUGUCCCUGGGAGGGAUACACUAGGUGUUGGGGUGGACUGACUCUGAUAAUGGGUCUGUAAAGAUUCUGUUGCACACUAAGGACACAGUGCAGUGGAGAGCAGCACACAUGAGGUGCUGGGUUCAAUACCCAGCACAGACACAAAAGCUUCAUUACCCUUAGUGAUGACCCUGCAGUGAGGUUCUGGCCAGAGUUCAGGCCCUGGGCAGUUGCUAUUUGUGUAAUUUAGGUUAUAAAGUACUUUCCCUUCAGAUAUCCAGAUCCUCAUUUCUCUAGAUUUAUUUUAGUUUCUCCCUUAUUCCAAGGCAAUAGACAGGAGUGAGAAAGGGAGAGAGAUUGGGGAUACGGACAGUGCCUCCAGACUGAUGUACUUCCUAUGGGGCUGGAAGGGAAGGGCUAGGGCUUUGGUCUUUGUAAGAUCUAAGGAAGACCCCAAAAUUCUGUUUUCACCUUCAACACCCCAUAUCUCUCUUCCUUUGCCUCCUCCUGAUCCUUGAAGAAAUGGCAACAUCCCAAGAAUAAUAUCUGUACAAAAUGGGAAAAUGUAAACAUGAAAAAACAUGUGAGGAAAACAAUGAACGUAAGAAUUAGAAAGAAUCAUACCUUUCAAGAAUAAUUUAUGUUUAUUUGUUGUGGCAAGUGACAAGAUGGUACAACCUUUAUCCUUUUCCAGAAACACAAGGCGAAGGGCACAGCAACUGUAGUGAGCUGACAGCUAUUUUGGCCUUUUGGGUGGGUCUAGCCAUACUUGGGAUCCCAGUGGUACAUGGCCCUCCACAAAAGGCUUGCCCCAGCCUGUGUACACAGCACGCCUUGUCCGUGGGCAGGCCCAGCACUUUCCGUCAGUGUCGUACUGUAUGUGAUGAACUGUGUUGGUCUCUGAGUUUUUCUGCAGAAGAGGAGUAACUGCUCCGGGUACAUUGAUGUUUGUUCAGCCUAGAGGCCAACACUGUGGGCGUGUGACUCUUUAUUGGGGGGAAAAAUAAAACAAAAAAUAUCAGUGUGGUGAUGAUGGUGUGUGUGUGUAUAAGGUUAUAUGGGGGAAUAUUUCUAAAUAAAAGUUUUACAAAGGG